AUGAAUUUUACUAAACCUUUGAUCAUCUUGACGGCUAUUUUCUUGGUUAUCUCUUUUGUCUCUGCUGCCCCCGCUUCUAAGAUUCCUGGUAUUGCAAUAACUAGUCCAGUUUCGGGAGAUCGUUACUCUUCUGGCUGCAAGAUCACGGUUUCCUUCUGUGUUGACUGUAGCAUUACUUAUAUUGAUGAGAUAAAUCUUAAUAAAUUUGCGCCCGGAAAUAAAGUUGCUAUCCUUGCAACUGGAAUUAAUUUAAACGAAGGAAAACAGUGCUACUCCUUUGAUUAUACUCUUCCGACAGGACUCAACCCUGAACCUCGUUAUCUCAUCGGAAUAGGUAGCAAUUACCUGGCUUUGUCUGGAUCUUUUUCCAUUGGUAAUCCAGGUUUUGGGCUGAUUGUUACCAAGCCAAACGUUCUUCAAAAUAAAAAGUGUGGCGGCAAACUCACUGUUAAAUGGAUAGAUCCAUACAAUUUAUAUCAAGAUCUUACCCUUAAUGUCUUCCUCAAUGGAUACCCAAGUUUAAUUGCUUUUUCGCAAAAUGUUUUGGUUUCAAAGGGCGAAGUAACUGCUACAAUUCCUACGGGCCUUCAAAAUAACAAAGCUUAUAACGCUGUUAUCGUAGUUGACCGCCUUAAUAAUGAUCUAGGCGGAGAGUUUUAUGUUUCAAAUACUUUUACCGUCAACGGCUGUUAG